AUGGCAGAAAAACUAGAAAAGUCGUCUUCAGCAAAUUCGAAGAAAGAAAUCCAGCAUAAAGCCACCAAAACGGAUACUGAUCGAAUAUUUAGGCAACUGUUACUUUUGAUAUUUUACGUUGGGACUGUUACUUCAGGGUCUUUAUCUAGGAUAAUAAAUCCUUUUCACGAAUCCUAUUUCUCGCAAAAAAGCAACUUUUUAAAUCAGUGGUUUGUUAAAUUUGGUUGGUUUUGGACUUCGACGAUAUUUUUCAUAUAUUUUUGGAAUGUAAUUUACCGUAACAAUCUCGUUCAAAUUACAAAGCCGUUCUUUCGUUGGACCGCUGCAACUUUAUAUUGGUAUAUUGUUACUCAUCAUUGGUUUCUUGAUCAAAUCUAUCUCUUAACCGGUGGAAAGUGCACUUUGGAAGGUUCGGAAAUAGAAUCAUACAAUUUUCAUGAAUGUGAAAAAGAAAUUGGUGCAAAUUGGUCAGGUGGACACGAUAUUAGCGGUCAUUGCUUAUUAUUAAUUCAUUCUUCACUUUUUCUUUGGGAGGAACUUUUCUCAGAAAAUGUGAAAAGGGCAAAACAAUAUAAUAUAUAUACAUACUCUCUGACAUACUUUCUGAUGUUACUUUGGUGGUAUAUGUUACUUAUGACAUCUGUAUAUUUUCACAAUUUUUCGGAAUUAUUAUCAGGAACUUUUUUUGGUGUUUUAUACUGGAUAGUGGUAUAUAUGUACAUUUUGCCAUCGCGUGCAAGAGAUUGGUUACCAUGUAAUAAUAAAGACCUUGAAGAAGAAGUCAUCUCCUGA